AUGUAUAACAGAGUAGUAAGCACCAGAAGCAGAAAGAGGUGGUUGAGACGAUACCUCGACCAUGAGAUCGAUGCAAAUAGGGGACCCCUAUACCAGGCAAAGCGCAAGAAGGACAUGAAGAGCGAAGGAAGAAGCCCUCGUGGUUUCACGGUAACUAAACCAUCAAAUCUCCAGAUUGGACAGAGCAAGGAUUCUAGACUGGCUAGGAAAUUUCCUAUGAUGGAGGAGCACCAGAAUGCUUCCGGAAAUGGUCGUGGCCAGGACCGGAACCUGUAUUAG